AGACACAAUCCGUCGCGCGUAAACUACGUCUACACACGGUAAUGACGCAAAACACUUUCGAGUCGCGCAGAGAGAUUUGGCAGUGGUAAACAGAUCUUUCUUGGUGGUGAAAACAGGACAGCUAUGAACUGGAGCAAGGGUGGCCCAAGUGGUAAGCGAGGGUUCGGUUUUGGAGGAUUUUCCCUUGGUGGUGGUGGUGGAGGAGGAGGAGGAAAGAAAGAAGAACUGCGCGUGCCUCAGAAAUCCCACACGUCCUUCGGAGGCGCAGGGACAGCUGGAGGUUAUGGCAAGAACCAGCAACUCCCUGCAUUCUACAAGAUAGGAACAAAAAGAGCAAAUUUUGAUGAAGAGAAUGCGUAUUUUGAAGAUGAUGAAGAGGAGUCAAGCAUCACAGAUUUGCCAUAUAUCCCAGCUGAGAACUCCCCCACACGGCAACAAUUCCAGUCUGGAGGGGGCUCAGACAGUGAGGAUGAUCCUCUGGAUGCCUUCAUGGCCCAAGUGGAGGACCAAGCAGCUAAAGACAUGAAGAAACUGGAGGAAAAAGAGAAGGAAAAGAAGGUUGAAAAGGGUAUACGUGAUGACAUUGAAGAGGAAGAUGAACAAGAAGCCUACUUCCGCUACAUGGCAGAGAAUCCCACAGCUGGGCUGACCGCAGAGGAUGAGGAUGAGAACAUAGACUAUGACAGUGAUGGGAAUCCCAUUGCCCCCACCACUAAGAAGAUCAUCAUGCCCCUGCCCCCGAUGGACCACUCUGAGAUUGACUACCCACCUUUUGAGAGGAACUUCUACAACGAGCAUGAGGAGCUUCUCAGCCUGACAGGCACAGAGGUGUUUGAGCUGAGACACAAACUCAACCUGCGGGUAUCUGGUGCCGCCCCUCCUAAACUCUCCACCAGCUUCGCCCACUUUGGGUUUGACGAGCAGCUGAUGCACAUAAUCCGCAAGUCGGAGUACACUCAGCCAACACCUAUUCAGUGCCAGGGAGUUCCCAUUGCCCUGAGUGGACGUGACAUGAUUGGCAUUGCGAAAACUGGUAGUGGCAAGACUGCAGCCUUCAUCUGGCCCAUGCUAGUUCACAUCAUGGACCAGAAGGAACUGGAGACUGGAGAGGGGCCCAUCGCAGUCAUCGUGUGCCCCACCAGGGAGCUCUGUCAGCAGAUCCACGCGGAGUGUAAGCGUUUUGGGAAAGCCUACUCCCUGCGCUCGGUGGCGGUGUAUGGAGGAGGCAGCAUGUGGGAGCAGGCCAAGGCUCUUCAGGAGGGGGCAGAGAUAGUUGUGUGCACCCCGGGUCGUCUGAUUGACCAUGUGAAAAAGAAGGCCACCUCUCUGCAGAGAGUGACAUACCUGGUGUUUGAUGAGGCAGAUAGAAUGUUUGAUAUGGGCUUUGAGUAUCAAGUGAGAUCCAUUGCCAGCCAUGUCCGACCUGAUCGACAGACUCUUCUGUUCAGCGCCACCUUCCGUAAGAAGAUUGAGAGGCUGGCUAGAGAUAUCCUGGUGGACCCCAUCCGUGUGGUGCAGGGAGACAUCGGGGAGGCCAAUGAGGAUGUGACCCAGAUAGUGGAGAUCAUGCCCAGUGGGGUGGAGAAGUGGGGCUGGCUGACCCGCCGCCUGGUGGAGUUCACCUCCUCUGGCUCUGUACUUAUCUUCGUCACCAAGAAGGCCAACUGUGAAGAGCUGGCCACCAACCUGACCCAGGAGGGCCACAGCCUGGGCCUGCUGCACGGAGACAUGGACCAGAGUGAGAGGAACAAGGUCAUCGCUGACUUCAAGAAGAAGAGUCUGCCCGUGCUGGUGGCCACCGACGUGGCAGCCCGUGGUCUGGAUAUCCCUUCAAUACGUACAGUAGUGAACUAUGACGUGGCUCGGGACAUCGACACACACACACACCGAAUUGGCCGAACAGGUCGUGCUGGAGAAAAGGGUGUUGCCUACACCCUUCUCACCAGUAAAGACACAUCAUUUGCAGGAGACCUUGUGCGUAACCUGGAGGGAGCCAAUCAAAGCGUCUCUAAGGAACUGAUGGACUUGGCAAUGCAGAAUCCCUGGUUCAGGAAAUCACGCUUCAAGGGCGGCAAAGGGAAGAAGCUAAACAUUGGAGGAGGUGGUCUGGGCUACAGAGAGAGACCAGGAUUGGGAGCUGAAAGUUCUGAGCGUAGUGGUGGUGCUGCCAUGGGUAACUAUGAGGGCUACAGCAAGCCUACCGGAGCCAUGGGAGACCGCAUGUCAGCAAUGAAGUCAGCCUUCCAGUCUCAGUAUAAGAACCACUUUGUGGCAGCGUCCGGCAUGGUUCCUAAACUCACCACUAAGUCCAGUAGCUCUUCAGGCUGGACCAGUGCUGGAAGUCUGAGCUCUGUCCCCACCGGGGCCCCUGAGGGCCCAGACCGGCCCCGUGGGCCCCCCUCCUUAGCCAUGGCCCCUCCAGCAGCCCUCGGCAUGGGCACCAAGAUGGCAGGCUUCACCAGCGCCGGCUCCCUGAGCUCUGUCUCAGACAGCCAGGCCACUGCUCCUCAGGGGUAUGCCACCCCACCCUCACCCAGGGAAGGGCCCCGUGACAGACAUGGUGAUGACAGGAGUCGCCAUGGAGAUGGCCACUAUCGUGACAGGAGAGACAGGAGCGAGCGGCACAGUGGCGGGGGGGAGCGGGACCGCUAUGGUGAGCGGGACCGCCACGCAGACCGCGACAGAUACGGGGACAAGGAUCGCCAUGGCAGCAGCGGGCGCCAUGGCGAUAGUCGUAAUGGAGACGGAAGUAGAAGGGACAGGGAGCGAGACGAUUGUAGAGGUGACAGGGAGAGUGGAGACAGGGCAGGGAGUGAAGGAAGGGGGGACAGAGCUGAGGGGAGGGGAGACCGAGAGGAAGACGGCUUUGCAGUCCCAGAUCCACCAAAACGCAAAAAGAGUAGGUGGGACAACUAAAGCACAAAACACAUCACCUGAAAAGCAACCAACCAACUGUUCUUAGAUGAGCAUGCCUAGUCUGUAGAUGCACAGCUGGUCAUUUCAGCUGAAACAUGCACAGAAUUUCAAGGGUUAAUGUGUGAACCGACCCUACUGCGCGGUCUAAAUGCAAGGGGAAAGAUAUGCUAUCCUGCAUUGGUUGGGGAUUCAGUAACAUGGCUCCUGAUUGUCAGCUUGUCUGAAGAAGUGUUGAGAUUUUGGAUAGAGUUCCAAUCUACUGUGCAUGGAGAAAAAAAUCUACUGUAAAUAUACCAUCCAGAAAGUUUUAACCUCACCAUAAGUGGGAUGAUCAAUCUUUCUGGUCAAUAGAAGGGAGCAGUGGAGCUGUUAUGCAGUCCUGACGCCACAGAAAACACCUGUGAUUGAGAUGUCUGUUGUAUUCUUACGUCCUUUCUCACUGGACAACCCCUGUCGUUCUAGUUAAACUCUUAGCCCUGAGUAACCCAUUACAGCCCUAAGGGACUAAAUGUGAGUGUGUAUUAUCAACCCACGUUAAUGACAGAUCUCCUUUUUAUAAGUGUACUACUUCCUGUGAAUCCGUCUGUGUUUGUGAACUUUGCAUCUUGUAUUCACUUCUUAGUAAAGUGCCUCUGUCACUUAGGUGUUUUUUAUGCUUUUGAAAGUGGAGUGUAUGUAAAAUGUAUUUGUUCAUUUUUGUGUGAGGCUAUGCUUGAGUUCAUUCACAGGAGGAUGUCAAGUAUUUUUUAUAAAAAAAAUGGUUUUGGCAGUUUAUUUUGUUUGUCUAUAGUUUCCUUUUCUGUUUGUAAUUUGUCAAUGGCAGUUCUAUAAGUGUGCAUUCUAAACUUAGCUACAUCUGACACAGCCGUUCUGAACUGUAAUAAACAUAAAUCCACUUGGUCCCACAUUUGUCACCACUCACUACGUUUGGACACCUGAUAUUGUAGAAGUGGUUAUAUGCUAGUGAAAAACUGAACUCUCAAACUCCAUAACAUUCUGUUUCAAAAGCUUCCAUUUUGGAAUCGGCUUCUGUCUUGAAAAUGACUAGUCUUAGGCAGGAAAAUACCCAUGAGGUUCUCUGUUAUAUAUAUAUCUGUAAUUUGCACACAAGAUGUGACAUGAACAGCUGUCAUUGUGAGGAUAUAAUUGGCAAUUCCUUUUUGCAUCUAACCCUUGAUGCAUUUUUGCUCCUCAGUGUACAUGUAACUUCCAUAGACAAUAGGGUUAAGACUGAGCAGAUACAUGUGAAAAAACAAUGGUCUAAUUUUUGUUAAUAAAAUCAUGUGGUUUUUA